UACCCAGAGGCACUGUUCUUAAAAAGGGGAAUGUUUUCUGAACUUGUUUAAGACUUUGUUUCCUCUACAUUUUACGGAAAACAAUAGUUUUUUCAUUUUUAUAGUAUCUUGAUAUUACAAAAAAAAAAAACAUAUAGUACAGACUAGAGAUAACUUCCAGAGCUGGGUCUCCUAGAUUUGUUCAAGAACUUGACAAGAAUCAAAAAUCUUUUGCUUGGGUUUUAAUAAAAGGAAAAGACAAGAAGGUGGCUAGCCAACCAGCUGAUAUCAUGGAGCAAAUCUACAAGCACGAGGACUGCUUCAUUUCUUCUUCUUCUUCUAACAAUCUUAGCUUUACAAAUAUGGUGAAUGAAGCAUAUAUGAAUUGGGAUAAGCAAAUUUCUAUACAUGGACUAGAGAAUGUUGUGGAGUACGAAGAAUUAGAUUCAACACCAUCUUCAAUAUCAUCGACGGUAUCUUCAAUUCCUCCCCCACAGACACCAAAAGAACCCAUGGAAUUCUUGUCAAGAUCUUGGAGUCUCUCUGCUUCUGAAAUUUCGAAAGCUUUGGCUGCUCACAAGCAGAAUCGGUUUUUUAGUGAUAGUAAACAGCAGUCCAGUACGAAUCAAGACACGUUUGUUUCACCAAAUUAUCCAUACAAGGCAGUGAAUUCAGUUAAUGCCGGAAGAACAUCUUCAGUUGGAAAAUGGUUUCAAACUAACAAAGAGUUGAGUAAUAACAACAAGGUGACAAAGAAGGAGAAGGCACGUAUAGACAAUGCCAGGGUACACGCUGCAUUGACGGUCGCCGGUGUUGCUGCAGCCUUGGUUUCUAUAACAAACACUGCAGCAGCAGAAAACCCGAGCUCAAAGAUGGCUUCUGCCAUAGCAUCAGCUACAGAGCUAUUAGCGUCACAUUGUUUAGAAAUGGCUGAAGCAGUAGGAGCAGAUCAUGACAGAGUGAGUUCUGUUGUUGAAUCAGCUGUGGAUGUUAGAAGUCCUGGAGAUCUAAUAACCCUGACAGCUGCGGCUGCAACAGCUUUACGCGGAGAAGCUGCCCUGAAAGCGAGACUAGUAGCUAAAGAAGUGAGGAACAUAAAUGCUGCAGCAGUUAUUCCUUAUCAGUACGACAGAAGUGGUCUCUCAUCGGCGGCAUCUUAUUCAAGCGAAAUAUCUGAUCACCAUGAGAUACAGCAUGAUGCUCCUUGCAAGGGCGAAUUGCUUCAUUGCAUUGGGAAAGGAGUUCUUCACUGGAAACAAGUCUCUGUCUACGUCAACAAAAGCUUAGACGUAAUGGUUAAGCUUAAAAGCAAACAUGUUGGAGGAGCAUUUAAUAAGAAGAAAAAAUAUAUUGUGUACGGUGUAUACGAUGACGAUGAAAUUACGAUAUGGUCGAACCAAGAAGUGAAGAAGAACAACAGCAUUAGUACAGAGGAUAGAAGUUGUUACUUUAGUUUGAAGACUGCACAGGGGGUUUUGGAGUUCAAGUGCAAGAGUAAAAGCCAUAGGCAGAAAUGGGUUCUUAACAUACAAAAUUUGCUUCAUCAAGUUGGUCGUGUUGAAGAAAUUGAUAGAUCAUUCACAUUCGAUAGGAUAAAAGUUUACUAAGAGAUAGAGUUUUAAGUUUUCAUAGUAAUCAACAUUGAUUUUCUAAUACUAGUUGCUCAAUUUAACAAAGAGUGUUAUUGAAGAAUGCUUGUAGAUAUCAGAGGCUUGUAUUUGACUCUUGUAAUCAUGGAAUAUAUCAUUUGAAUAAUAAGAUAGUUAAUGGAAAAA